UAUCGUCAAACCGAGAGGUAAAAUCAGAACGAAGAGAGAGGGAGACAACGCAAGAGAGAAAUAGAGAGAUGCCGGCGUCAGCGACGAUGAUCGGAGCUUUACUGGGUUUGGGCACCCAGAUGUACUCCAACGCCCUACGAAAACUCCCCUAUAUGCGGCAUCCAUGGGAGCAUGUUCUGGGGAUGGGUUUAGGUGUGGUGUUCGCUAACCAGCUAGUGAAAUGGGACGUUCAGCUUCAAGAAGACCUCGAUAAAAUGCUCGAUAAAGCCAAAGCCGCUAAUGAGCGCCGUUACUUCGAUGAAGAUGACGAGUAGCAGUUUCCAUUAUAAAAUUUGGAAUCCAUUUCUAGAGAGUGACAGUUUUCAUUAUAAAGUUUGUGUUUCAUGACAUUCUUCUUCUCUACUUAAUUCUGUGCUUUUGUGAUUGUAAGAAUAAAUAUCAUUGUACUUUGACACACAUGGCUUUGCCUUGAGAAGUUGUCAUACACAUUUUAUUAUUUUUGAUAUGUUGAAAUCCAUCAAAAGAUGCAGCUCUUAA